AUGCAGGCAUUGCGACAGGAAAUUUUGCCUCCGAGCGGCGUCGAAUUUGCUGCAUGUCUGAAACUCACGCCUUCGACAUUACCGAAUCUUCCUGGGACCAGCACCGGGCGCGCCCUCUUCAAUGUCGUCGUCGCACGCUCCAAUCUACUCCGUGUAUUCGAGGUCAGAGAAGAGCCGGCGCCGAUUUCUACGCAAAAGGAGGACGAGCGGGACAGGCGCGCCAGUGUCAGGAAGGGCACCGAGGCGGUAGAAGGCGAAGUGGAAAUGGAUGCGUCGGGCGAGGGGUUCGUGAACAUGGGCUCCGUCAAGUCUACCGGCCCAAAUGGAGUGUCUCACCCACCGUCCAUCAACCGGUUCUAUCUGAUACGUGAACACCGAUUACACGGGAUUGUGACCGGCGUUGAAGGCAUCCGAAUCAUAACCUCAAUUGAAGACAGCUUGGACCGUCUUCUGGUCUCCUUCAAGGAUGCCAAGAUUGCUCUGCUCGAAUGGUCCGAUGCGAUACAUGAUCUCAUUACAGUGUCCAUACACACAUAUGAGCGUGCUCCUCAAUUGAUGUCUAUUGACGCUCCACUCUUCCGCUCAGAGCUGCGGGCAGACCCGCUAUCACGCUGUGCAGCGCUUCUCAUUCCCGGAGACUCAAUAGCCAUACUACCAUUCUACCAGUCACAGGCCGAGCUCGAUAUCAUGGAGCAAGAAACCAAUCAAGCAAGAGACGUCCCCUACUCGCCGAGCUUCAUACUCGAUUUUGCGGGGGAUGUGGACGAACGCAUCCGCAACGUCAUCGACUUUGCGUUCCUUCCUGGAUUCAACAAUCCGACGAUCGCGGUGUUAUAUCAGUCUCCACAGACUUGGACGGGUCGCCUUCGAGAGUACAAGGACACGGUCGGGCUGAUGAUAUUCACUCUGGAUCUGGUCACACGACACUAUCCCGUUUUCACGGCUGUCGAUGGGCUGCCUUACGACUGCUUUGCCAUCGCUCCUUGCUCCACUGCUCUGGGAGGCGUAGUUAUUUUGGCGAGCAACAGCGUUAUCUACGUAGACCAGGCGUCUCGUAGGGUCGUCCUCCCGGUCAACGGCUGGCCACCGCGGCUGAGCGAUAUGCACAUGCCUGUGCUUACGCCACAAGAACAGCAGCGCGAUUUACAAUUAGAGGGUUCGCGGUUCGCCUUUGUCGACGAGAGGACAUUAUAUGUUCUCACAAAAGACGGGACAGUAUAUCCUGUCGAGAUUGUUGUCGACGGCAAGACCGUGUCUCGUCUUUCGAUGGCUGCGCCUGUGGCGCGGACAACGAUACCAUCAAUGGUCAGGAGGGUGCAGAACGAGUAUCUCUUUGUUGGUAGUAUUGUAGGGCCUUCUGUGCUGCUCCAUACCGUGCCUGUUGAUGAGGACAUAGUUGACGACGACGUUGACAUGACCGCUGCCCCUUCUACUGUAGUUGCUCCUGCCCAUGCCAUGGAAAUAGACGACGACGACGAUUUGUAUGGCGGAUCGACUGUCCCUGAACAACCGCACGUGAAUGGCGCCCAAGCUAAUGGCACGACGAUAGCAUCGAAGAAGCGCAGAGUCAUUCAUCUCUCGCUGUGCGAUUUUCUCCCUGCAUACGGCCCGAUCGCCGAUAUGACCUUCACGUUGACCAAGAACGGGGAUCGCGCUGUUCCGGAGCUUGUCGCGGCUACAGGUUCCGGCAUGCUGGGCGGAUUUACACUUCUACAGCGAGACCUCCCGACUCGGGUCAAGCGCAAAACGCCUUCCAUUAGUGGUAAUCGCGGGAUCUGGUCGUUACCAGUACGCCAGGCGGUCAAGGUCAAUGGCUCGACGUAUGAGCGGCCUGCUAAUCCCUUCUAUGCGGAGAACGACUCCUUGAUAAUCAGCACGGACGCGAACCCGGCUCCUGGCCUAUCGAGGAUUGCCAGGUUUACUGCUCAAGGAGACAUUGAUGUAGCCAUACGAUUACCCGGGACGACGAUUGGUGCCGCGCCGUUCUUUCAGGGUACUGCAAUUCUCCAUGUGAUGAUUAACGUGACCAAUGUCAUCCGAGUCUUGGAUCCCGAUGGAAACGAGCGCCAGAUUAUCAAGGACUGGGACGGUAACAUCCCUCGACCCAAGAUUAGAUUCUGUAGCAUCUGCGACCCAUUCGUGCUGAUUAUUCGAGAGGAUGAUUCGAUUGGGCUUUUCAUCGGUGAAUCAGAGCGCGGCAAAAUUAGACGGAAGGACAUGUCCCCGAUGGGUGACAAGACCUCUAAGUACAUUUCUGGGUGCUUCUUCACGGAUACAAGCGGUAUUUUCAAAACAUAUCAAAACACACAUGCCAGCACAAGUGAGGAUGCUACGUCCACCCUGCAAGCUGUCAUGAACGCCGGUAGUAAAACCCAAUGGCUUAUCCUGUGUAGGCCGCAAGGCGUCGUGGAGAUCUGGACACUCCCGAAACUCGCAUUGGCCUUCUCGACUGCUCUAGCUGCCACCUUGGAACCAGUGCUUACGGAUUCAUAUGAUCCUCCUGCUCUGUCGCUCCCUCUGGACCCUCCCCGCAAGCCUCAGGAACUGGACGUAGAGCAGAUCGUGAUUGCCCCUCUCGGCGAGUCAUCGCCAUGCCUUCACCUCAUGGUAUUCCUGCGCUCGGGGCAGUUGGCCAUCUACGAGGCCCUUCCAGCGCCCCCACCGACUGAACCCCUUCCUGAGAUCCGGACAUGCACUUUGCAGGUCAAGUUUGUCAAGGUGAUGUCUCGGGCAUUCGAUAUACAACACACAGAGGAGGUGGAGAAAUCAAUCCUCGCCGAGCAGAAGCGAAUAUCGCGCCUCCUGAUCCCUUUCGUGACGUCUCCAGCCCCUGGUCAGACGCUUUCUGGAGUGUUCUUUACUGGCGAUCGACCAUGCUGGAUUCUCUCCACCGACAAGGGUGGCGUAAAGGUGUUCCCCUCGGGGCAUUCCGUCGUUCAUGGAUUCACUGCGACAUCCAUGUGGGGCUCGAAGGGCGACUUCCUCCUGAAUUUCGAGGAGGGCUCUACUCUGAUGGAGUGGAUUCCCGGCAUCCAGCUGGACAAUCAUCUGCCGAGUCGAUCCGUGCCUCGUCAGCGGCCGUGCACCAACAUCGUUUAUGAUUCGUCAACGUCCCUCGUUGUCGCAGCGUCCUCGCAGCUGUCGAAAUUUGCGUCCUAUGACGAGGAUGGCAAUAUCGUAUGGGAACCAGAUGCCCCUAAUAUCUCGUUCCCAAACUGUGAAUGCUCGACGCUCGAGCUCAUAUCCCCCGAGGGCUGGGUCACUAUGGAUGGCUUCGAGUUCGCGCAGAACGAAUUUGUAACGUGCCUAGACUGUGUGACGCUUGAGACGACGAGCACCGAGAGUGGUAUGAAGGACUUCAUUGCCGUGGGUACAACAAUCAAUCGCGGGGAAGACUUAGCGGUCAAGGGAGCGGUAUACAUCUUCUCUAUCGUGGAAGUUGUCCCGGAUGUAAAAUCUAAUCUCAAGCGAUGGUACCGUCUGAAGUUGCAAUGCCGAGACGACGCCAAAGGUCCCGUCACCGCACUCUGUGGCAUGAACAACUACCUCGUCUCGUCCAUGGGUCAGAAGAUAUUCGUGCGAGCCUUUGACCUCGACGAACGCCUCGUGGGUGUAGCUUUCCUCGAUGUUGGUGUCUACGUCACCUCGCUCCGAGCUGUGAAAAACCUUCUCGUCAUCGGCGAUGCCGUCAAAAGCGUAUGGUUUGUCGCAUUCCAGGAGGACCCAUAUAAACUUGUCAUCCUUGGGAAAGAUCCAUACCAAGUCUGCGUGACCACCGCAGAUCUGUUCUUCGCUGAUGGCCGGGUCUCCUUGCUCGUUGGUGACGAAGACGGUGUUAUCAGGAUCUAUGAGUAUGACCCUCACGAUCCCGAGUCCAGAGGAGGCCAACACCUUUUGCGUCGUACGGAGUUCCACGGACAGAUGGAAAGCCGUACGUCCGUUCUCAUCGCGCGCAGGAGGGGCAAGGACACGGAUAUACCCCAAGCACGACUCAUUUCCGGGUCUACCGACGGGUCGCUGUCAACGUUCACUUACGUUGACGAGGUCGCUUCCAAGAGAUUGCAUCUCCUGCAGGGACAACUUACCCGCAACGUGCAACACGUGGCGGGCCUGAAUCCAAAAGCGUUCCGCAUCGUACGAAACGACUAUGUGUCGAAGCCCCUAUCUAGAGGCAUUUUGGACGGCAACCUCUUGGCUACCUUCGUGGACCUACCGAUAUCACGGCAGAACGAGGUCACCCGCCAGAUUGGAACGGAAAGAGGGGCGAUUCUGAAGGACUGGUUGAACAUUUGUGGGGCGUGGUGA